UAGUGUCGAGCUUCUUCCGAGAUAGACAAUAUGUCGCUCGAGUCGUUGACCACUCUUGCUCUCUCUUCCCGCCACUCCAUUGCCAACCUCCCCUUCACCAACCACCGUUCGCCGGCGCUCCUCCCCGUGCCGAAGCUCCUCCCUGUCUUCACCUCCCUCCUCAAGAAGCGCAAUCCCAAGCGCUUGAAGUACUCCACCCAGCGCCUCUACAAGGAUGAUCGUUUACCGAUGCUGUAUGUGGAGAUGGAUCCACUGUGGGUUGAUACUUGGAAGCUGGAACCUGUGAUCAAGCUCAUCAAGGACGGCGCUGUGGGUGUCAUCCCCACUGAUACCGUGUAUUCUAUUGUUUGUGAUCUAAAAAGUCAUUCGUCCAUUGAGCGCCUUCGUAGGAUAAAAAAUAUAAGAAGCUCAAAGCCCCUUAGUAUUUUAUGUCAUUCCCUCCAAGACAUAGAUACUUAUACGACGGGAUUUCCUCGUGGCAAUGCUCAAGGUCAAGCGAAUAUAUUUCGAGCUGUCAAGCAUUGUUUGCCUGGACCUUAUACUUUCAUUCUACCUGCAACCAAAGCAUUGCCAAAGCAAUGUAUCAGGCAUGGAACUACAACAAAAUUUGUGUCAAGGAAAAAUGUUGGUGUUCGCAUUCCAGAUGACACUAUCUGCCAAGCCAUACUAAAUAAUCUGGAUGCCCCUUUGAUAUCCACAAGUGUGGAGUCUGCAGAAGAUCAAUGGAUCAUAGACCCAAUCAUUAUUGCAGAUACUUAUGGACCAGAGGGUCUUGAUUUCAUUGUUGAUGGUGGGACUAGGAUUGCUGAUCCAUCCACUGUAGUUGACAUGACAAGAAAUCCACCGACAAUCAUCCGGCAAGGAAAGGGGCCGAAGCAGGAGUGGAUGGUUGUGGAAGGAGAGGAUUCUACUGCAUAGUGCAUAGAGUGAGCUGCUUCUUCCUUGACCAACUUGAGGGGUCUGGUGUUUGGAGUGGAGGCAACAACGGCUGUGAUGAAGGUGCUGUUCAAGCUUCUAUUCGGGAUGCGCUUGCUGCUUGUGCUUGGCCUUGAGCCCAUUACCAUCAUAUCCAUGUCUGCUUCAGCUGGUAUUUGGCUUUGCACUCUUUUCUUUUCCUGUUUAGAUCAUUCUUUCAAAUAUUGUAGAUAUUGCUGCACAUUUGCUUUCUUUCAGUGACUAUGUAUUUUUACUUGGUCUCAUCAGUUUAUAUAAGAGCUACCUAUGACCUAUUUCCUUUUUUUUA